AUGCUUCAAGUCCUCCCCGAUGCCGGGUCUCUGGCCCUGGGAGACGGCCCGGAGGAGAUGCCCCAAGAAGACAUCGAAGCCCUUAUCGAGAAGAUGGAUUGCCUUCCUGGCCACUUCCACCUGGACCUGAACCUCAACUUUGAGCCCGGCUCCCGUGCCGCCUUCCGAGGCAGGGACAUGAAGCUCCAGCGAGAGAGCCUGCGGACCGAGCUGGAGUUUGAGACGGGGCCCCUGCAGUACGCCGUCCGGAACCUCCUGGGCGUCUUCACCUUUUACCUGGAGGAGCUGGAGCAGGCCCGCCAACUCUUCCUGCAGGUGACCCAGGAGGCGCCGGACAACCUCAAUGCCUGGGCCAACCUGGCUUACGUCUACGACCAGCUGGGCCUGGAGCAGGAGGGGACCCGAUGCACCGAGACGCUGUCCGGCCUCAUGGGCCUGGAGGCUGAGGAAGAAGGGCUGACCGAUGGGGACCUCAAGCUCCGCGUGGCCCGCUGCCUGGCCGAGCAGGGCUAUGCCUCGGCCUUCGACGUGGGCUUCGUGAGCGACAGCGACCAGGUGCAGAGGCUGACCGACGGCAUCGCCGCCUACGACAAAGCCCUGGCAUACGGGCAGAAGAUCCCGCUGGAGGAGAAACGGAGCUGGUACUUCACGAUGGCAACGCUGUUCAUCAGGCUGGACGGCAUCUUACUGAACCAGGACACUGAGGAGCAGAAGAGGCUAGCCCCUUUUAACCGCACCCUCAGGCUGCUCCGGGAGGUGGUCAAGUCUUCCAGCACCUAUCAUCGAGCUCUGGCCUGGUGCUACCUUGGGAUGCUUCUGGAAAGGAAAGACACCUUCUCCACCACCCCCAUGGGCGUGCAUGACUAUGGCUACUCGGGGACCGACCCCCUGGACUGCUUUGGCAAGGCCAUCGAGAUAGCCAAGGACCACGCACCCAUCUUGAACCGACUGGCCAAGAUCUUCCAUUUCCUGGGGAAGCAGGACAUGGCUAUUGGCAUCUGCAACAUGGCGCUGGACAUCCUGCCGGAUCCUGAGCUCAACUGGCAGGCUUACUGCACCAGGGCCAAGAUUCACACCAAGGCAUACCUGCGUGACCUGGAGAGGGCCAAGGCUGGGCUGGGAGGCCUGCCAGACAGGAAUCACCUCACUGUGGCCAAAGCUGACCUGGAGGAGGUGGUCAAGGUGUGUCCAGGCUUGAAGACUUACCUGGACAUUGGUCAGGUCUACUAUUACAUGGGGGUGGACGCGGUGAAGGAGCUGCUGGCAGUGGACGAGUCGGCCCUGAACAAGGCCCUGGUCUUCUUCUCCAAGGCCAUGGAGUCGGACAUGGGCGAGACGCUGCCGGAGAUCCAGCUGCUCCGGGGCAAGUGCCUGCGGAUCAAGGGCGAGGAGCCCAACGCCGUGGAGUGCUUCAAACGGGCCAUCGAAUUGGACGAGAGCGGGUCGCGCCACACGGAGGGCUUUCGCUGCCUCCUGGAGACCCUGCUGGCCCUGCUGGGUCAGGCCCGGCUGAGCGCCAGCGAGCUGGGCCUGGAGGUGGACGUGUGGGUGCGCAAGGCUGAGGGCAAGUACCCGGCCGAGCGAGUGAGGCUGGAGCUCCAGCGCGUGUACCGUAGCCACCCCGCCGAGGUGGUGGCCCUGUCCAAGGCAAUGGUGGCUCAGGGCAGGCUGCAGCUGGUCCGCCUGCUCUUUGACAGCAUGGGGGACCACUGGAGGAAGCCGCCGCUGAGCCACAGGUCCCUCUCCUUCUGACCCGAGAGGCUUCUCGAACUCGAGACCCUCGUGUCCAGUUCUGGGCCACGCCUUAAGACGGUCAUUGGCCAGCGGGACGUGUCUAGAUGGGCGUCUGGAAGCCACAACUAGCAUCUGGACAGCGCUCUCAGGACGCCGGAGCCUCCAAAAGGAUACCAAUGCACUGGUCGCUUGCGGGGUCUCCACCAAACCGGCGUCUUCCACGGGCUUCCCGUGUCCGGAAGGCCCUCCCGCAUUCCUUCUGCGUCCCUCAAAGCACAGCGGAGGGCGAUUCCUCCUCUCUCGGCUUAUUCUAGUGAAAUGACAUUGCAUUCCUGUAUGCGUCUCAUAGUUCCUUAACCCUGUCUGUGUAUU